AGCAUCCUUCUCAACCUCUCAGUCACGAGCGGAGUUAUUCCUUCUUCACUAUUCCUAAAGCGUGUGCAAUGCGAUCCUGGGGCCCAUGCGGUUUCCGUGGGAGGGUUCGCCGAUAUCUUCUCCGGACUGUACGAUGGCUGCCUUGUUGCGCUUAAACGGAUCAGGGUGUUCCUGACGAGUGGUCAUCAACAAGAAUUGAAAAUGGUUUUGUGUCAAGAGGCGCUUGCCUGGCGUCAGCUCAAGCAUCCACGAGUUGUUCCCUUCCUCGGUGUGGACGGGGACAGUCAUGCACCCGCUCUUUGUAUGGUGUCGCCUUGGAUGUCUCAGGGAAGCUUGCUUAAGUACCUGAUCGAGCAUGAGGUGGCGGACGAUAGCUUGAUAACACUGGCAAGCAUCUGCCCGCUCUCCGAUAUGCUUCACUUGCUCAUAUUGUCACAGCAAAGCGAGAUUAUAGAAGGUCUUGCAUACCUCCACGACGAAGAAGAUACGGUCCAUGGCGACCUACGAUGUUCCAACGUUUUCAUCGACGAGGCGGGUCAUGCCCAGCUCUGCGACUUCGGACUCGCAUCGCUCAUGGACAUCAUACUGACCACAGCAGCGGAAGGAAGUUCCGCUCGCUGGGCAGCUCCAGAACUUCAUGACCCUGAUAGGUUUGGCGAUGGAGAAUUCCGCAGGACACGAGAAAGCGACGUCUACGCUUUUGGAUGCAUGUGCCUAGAAAUGUACACACUUCGUCCGCCAUUUCACGAAAUCCCUAGAGACAUCACGGUCAUUCUCCGGGUUUUGGAAGGAGCCCGCCCCCCACGUCCAAGUGCGGAGCAGGGCCACGCACGACCACUGCCAGACGAAAUGUGGAUCCUGAUGCAAGCGUGCUGGUCUACAAGCCCCGCAGAACGGCCGACUGUGAAAAUGAUAGCAUCAAGUCUGCAAAAACUACGAUCUCUGGCUCCUACCAGAGUUGUACGGCUGCUGAUGACUUCCCUCUCGUCCCGGAAUGUACCUGUUCCUUCAGUCCUGGAACAUCUCACAUCGCACCUCCAGCGCUUCGAGGAUACCGAGUUGAUCUCAUCCAGUGACUUUGAGCUUCUUACUGCCGUUGCGCAGUCAACGUGGGGCCGUUCGCACUUGGCGCAUCUCGCACCUCGUUUACCGGGACUGGUGUGCAAAACCUUCCAAGACCGUCCCGCAACUCCAAGCAUUGACGACAUGGUCCAUCCCUGGAAGCUGGCGGCUGCCCUCGUACGGUACUUUCGACCUCAAUGUGGGCCCGCAUGGUCGGACAUGGCCCUGGCGAUCACGCGUGCCUGCAGAGAUUCCCUCUUACAUACCACUAUCGCGUCCGACCAAUACCAGAAAGGCAUGAAGGCACAGAGCCUUGCGGAUUCAUUUCAGCGGUAA